UCGCUCUCACAGUCGAUGCGGUUGGAGGAUUGUGUAAUAUGUACCCACGGUCCUCGAACUGUCGUGGCAAGUCGUUACUCGCCAUUGGUGUCCUUGCCUUGGGUGCGGUGCGAUGCGAUGUGCUGCAGGGUGUGAAAUGCAAGGCUGCGGUGCGCUGCGCACGGCGCAGUGCACCUGCAGCUUUGUGCUAGCUUGGGUGGUAUCUGUAUGGGUUGUAGGUAGGUCCUGGUUCUGGUGGGAUUGUUGCUGCGCUCGACAUGCAUAUACUCGAGUAGGUAUACGUGUAGCCGUAGCUCUUAGUAAGUGGAUUGGUAUGGUAAUCUGGUGUCAUUAUUGACAUAUUUUGCCUAUUUGCCUACCUACCAACUGGUGAGGUUGAUGUACUCCGUACCUCAGGAUGUAGUGGUACC